GCGGUUCCCCAUCCCUAGCACAUCACUUCCCUCCCUGGCUGCAGGGGAAGCUGCAGCUGCCCCCCAGCUCCGCACGGCUGCCGAGCUCCAGGCCCCAUGGAGCUGCUCCAGCGGCACCUGCCCGGGCUGCACCGCGUCCUGUGGAGGGCACUGGAUUAUGUCUCCACCUUCUCCACCUACCUCUUCGGGGACCAGGCGCACCCGGGUGCAGAGGAUCAUAGGAAAAGCAGGGAGAUGGACUCCCCUGACCACCCCAAGGGGGUGCCAACAGACAGCUAUGGGGAAGGAGAGCCAGAGCAUCAUGGGGAGGAGGCGCUGGGGGGGCAGCUUGAGGACGCUGGACCCUCGGCCCCACAGGUGCCCCCAGAUAUCCAAGACCCCACCCCCCAGGAGGGCCACAUGGUGCUGAGGGGGUCCGGAGCCCACCUGGGGUCUGUGUCAGACCAGGACAUCCCCCACCCCCUCUGGUCAUGGCCAGGGGCUAUGAGCCUGGAGCCUAGAUCUGGGGAGCUGACAGCCCCGGGGGGAAGGGCACCGCCCCCCAGCCCCUCCCUCAGUCGGGAGCCCAGCCCCCCAGCCAGCGAGGAGGGGUGGGGAAGGGGGCACAGCAUCUGGCAGGGGGGCCCGACGAAGGAUGGGGAGGGGCCCGAGGAGGAGUGGGGGCUCCAGGGGACCGGCCGCAUCUGGCUGGAGGAGCAGGUGGAGCCUAGGGGGAACCCCUGUCUACAGACUGAGAAGGAGGGAGGAACUUGGGGGGCCAGCCCCAUGCAAGAGGGAGGCCUUUGGGGGAGUGACACUCAAUGGGGCCCCGGGGCCAGCAGCCUUUGGCUGGAGGAGCAGGGCCGGGAGGGGGUGCCCAGGGGGAGCAGCCCCCAGCUAGGGACCCAGGGAGAAGGGGAAGAGGGGGAGUCCAGGGGGGGGGAGGGGAGUCUGAGGGGGGUCAGUAGUUGCUAUGGGGACGCCGGGGAGGGCUCAGAGGACCACCCCCUGCUCUGCCCUGUCCCCCAGCCCGACCUCCCAGAUGCCGCCCAGAGCCCCCUGCCAGAGCCAGGAGAGGUCUCCCCCCUGGACGCGAGUGCCCAAUGGAGCCGGGUGCUCCUGCGGAGGAAGGGGUCGGUGCGCAGGGCACCCAGCCUCCGGGCCCAGAGACCCCCCGGGGGGGCCCCGCCUGAGACCCUGCCCCAGCGCCCCCAGGAGCCAGGCACCACAGAGGGCUUCCUGCCCCCCAUGUCCCACCAGCCACAGACCCCAAGGAGGCAGCUCCCAGGGCAGGCUGGCUUUGGCCUUGCCCACCCCAACAUGAUGGCAGAGCUGAAGUUUCGUCUGCACAGACCCCCACCCCAGUGACGCUGACACUGCCCCACCCCCGUCAGCCGAGGACCCUGGGGUAGGCGGGGGCUCGUGCCAUUUCCUGGGCAGGAAGAGAGGAUGCCGGACAGACUGCAGCCAGGACAGACAGCCCCCUCCCUCUCCCCGCAGCCUGGGAUAGGAACCAGGCGUCCAGGCCACCACCCCCACCCGCAUUGGUGUGUCUGGGAAACCUGGAAUAAAGAAAAGGCGUGUGAAAGGAGUGUGGGGCAAAGAACCGUGGGGGUGAGGGUAGGGCCGCAGCAGUUACUGUGGGGCCUGCCAAAUUCAUAUAGGCUGAAGGGGAGGGAGGUUCUGGGAAAGAAGAUGCUCCUGGCAGCCCAUGAGUUCCUGUAGGACCUACCAAAAUAGCACCUAGUGGGUUCUGUUUAUAUAUCAGUCAGCACCAGGUUCCCAGAAACCCCCAGGGUGAAGGGGAAUGAGGAGGGGCUGAAUCAACUAGAAACAGGGAACGGAAAAGAGAAACCAGAAUCGAGAGGUGAUUGGGGAGGGGGGGGAAAAGAACCCAGGAGCCCAGGCUUCUGCCCUCCCCCACUCCAACCACCAGACCCCACUCCCCUCCCAGAGCUGGGAGAGAACCCAGGCGUCCUGGCUGUGUGAAAACGACCAGACCUCUAACAUUAGUCACUUUAUUAUAAAAAAUAAAUAAAAGUCACAUUUCUUGGUAAUAAAUAGCAAAAAAAUAAAUA